AUGGGCUCAUGCGUCUCGCUCUCGGCGGCGCCGCCGCCGCCGACAGUGGCCACGGCGAAGGUGGUGCACGUGGACGGCCCCAUCGUGCAGUUCGCGACGCCCGUCACGGCGCGGGAUGCUCUGGGCAGCGAUGCCGCCAGCUCCUCGAGCUUCCUCUGCAGCUCCGACGAGCUCCGGUUCGACUUGCCCGCCCGCGCGCUGGCGACCGAGGAGGCGCUCCAGCCCGGGUGCCUGUACUUCGCGCUCCCCGUGUCCAUGCUCCGCCGGCCGCUCUCCGGGCAGGAGAUGGCCGCCCUCGCCGUCAAGGCAAGCUCCGCUUUGGCCACCCUCGCCAACAGCUGCAAAGGGCGGGGUCGUCGGAGCGGAUGA